UGCCCGGCCCUACUGCCGGCCCUCCCUCCGCCGGCUGCCCUGCCUUGCCCUCUCCUCCCUGCCUGCUCUCUCUCCGCGUGACGGACGCCGCGCGGUGGGGGCUGCGCCUGUGGGAGCUUGCGGGCCUUGCCUGCAUUUCUGAACACCUCUGUAAAAAAAGGGACACAGAAAGUAACUAGGGCGCUGAUACGUUUUUAUGGACGAUAAUGAAAUGUAGCAAACUGGUAAAGAGAUUUAAAUUAGACUGGAUUAUACAUGGAGCUGGGUGGCAACCAGCUUAAAACCCCAGAUACCCUGGUAAGCCAAGACAGCAAGCAGGCAGUCAACAUGUCUCGAGAGACUAGAAGUGAAGUGCAGCAGUCUCAAGGUGCCCAACAGUCACAGAGUGGUACCAGUUCCUCUUCCAGUGGGUCACAGAGUACUAGUCAGUCUUCCUCAAGUUCUGGGACCCUCAGUUCUUUGGACACUCUUCCCACUCAGGAGCUUCCGUCGAUCCCUGAGGACCAGGAAUCUGAAGAGCUUGUUCCUCAGCCUUGGGGUCGACUCUUUGCACUUGGAAAAGGUUUCAGCAAUUGUGACUGCGUGAAUGAUGAAUACUGGUUUGGAAGAGACAAAAGCUGUGAUUAUAGUUUUUCUAAGCUAGGACUGUCUGAGACUGGCUUCUACCAAAACUAUAGCAAGAAGCACUUCCGAAUUUUCAGGGAAAUGGGUCCAAAAAAUUCCUAUGUUGCCUACAUUGAAGACCACAGUGCAAAUGGAACUUUUGUUAAUAGACAGCUCAUUGGAAAAGGGAAGAGGCUUCCACUGACUCACAACUCUGAAAUUGCACUGUCUAUACAGACUAAUAAGGUGUUUGUAUUUUCUGAUCUUAUGGUGGAUGAUCAGUUGGUGUUUCCUAGAGAAUUCAGAGAGAAAUAUAUCAUGUCAAAGACUUUGGGAAGUGGUGCCUGUGGAGAAGUCAAACUGGCAUUUGAGAAGAGCACUUGUAACAAAGUUGCAGUAAAGAUAAUCAAUAAACGGAAGUUUAUGGCAAGUGGUAUUAGAGAGACAAACCCAGCUUUUAAUAUCAAUACAGAAAUUGAAAUUUUGAAGAAAAUAGAUCAUCCUUGCUUAAUCAAGAUUAAAAACUUCUUUGAAGCAGAGGAUUACUACAUUGUUUUGGAACUGAUGGAAGGAGGAGAAUUGUAUGACAGAGUGUCAAGGCCAAUCAAGAUGAAAGAAGCUACCUGCAAGUUGUAUUUUUAUCAGAUGCUGCUGGCUGUAAAGUAUCUUCAUGACAAUGGAAUUAUACACCGAGAUCUAAAGCCAGAGAAUGUACUACUUUCAUCUUCUGAAGAGACAUGCCUUAUAAAGAUUACAGAUUUUGGACAAUCCAAGAUUCUUGGAGAAACUUCUCUUAUGAAAACAUUAUGUGGUACUCCCACGUAUCUUGCUCCUGAGGUUCUAAAUUCACUUGGGACUGCUGGAUACAGCCGAGCUGUGGACUGCUGGAGUUUAGGAGUUAUUCUUUUUGUAUGCUUGUGUGGAUAUCCACCAUUUAAUGAGCAAAAUACUCAACUCUCUCUGAAAGAUCAAAUCACUCGUGGAGAAUACACAUUCAUUCCAAAAGAAUGGAAGCAUGUAUCGGACAUGGCUCUGGAUCUUGUGAAGAAGCUGUUAGUAGUGGAACCAAGCAAACGUCUUACAACAGAGGAAGCCUUAGAACAUCCUUGGCUUCAGGAUGAGGAUAUGAAGAGUACAUUUCAACAGCUACUUGCUCAGACACGUGCCAGUAUGAAUCCACCACAAACAUCAAAAAUACCAACCACAAGAAAGCGUCUCCAUGAAAAUGAGGAAGAAUCUGGCUCUUCUAAGCGUUCUGUUCCUUCUACAUCAUUUCAGAAAAUGAGGUGAAAAAAAGAGCAAGUGACUUGUGUUAAUUAUAGCUUUUUUAUGGAAAGCAGAAUUUUUAUUUAAGAAAAAUCUUAAUAAUGGAAUAACUGUUGAAGAUGCAAUUGCUAAAUAAAAAUAACUUUGUAAGACUGAA